GUUCAGAUUGAUUUAACCUCUUAAAAAAUUACUGCGCAAAGUUAUGGCAGACAGCUGACAUUUCUGUAAGGAAACUGUACGGUCCGUUUCUACGGCGGUUUACAACAUCUUUUAGCACAAUAUACAAGAAAACGUAAUCAAGAAGCAAGUUCCACUUCACCUGAAUCUGUUGAUAAAACGAUGUCGAACACAGACGAGUCUAAAGCUGCUAAUGACUUGAUGGAUGCGAUGGACGAAACGAUGAAGCGCCUGCAGGAGAAAUUCCAGACAAUAUCCGAAGAACUGGAAUCCAGACUGAACGAAAUGGGAACCCGCAUUGUUGACCUUGAGAAAAACGUGACAGAGCUGAUGGAUCAGGCUGGUAUGGACGAGCAGUCGAGGUCAAAGUGACAGCGGUUGGUCAGUCCAUUAACUUCCACACCAAUUGUGGCUCCACCGUCGAUUUGAAGACAAUGUUCCACUGCCAAUUUCUGGUUGGCUCUAAUUUAUCUCCAAAGAUGAGAUUAUUUUCUGGGUUAGUGCAAAACUCUCAGUGCUACUAUAGCAUGUAACCAAAAACAUAUAUAAUAUAGAUAUAUUUUUUCAUUGUCAUAUCAUUGUUGUUGUUAUUAUCGUUAUUUACUUUAGUUGUUGUUGAAAUGCUGAAAUAUGUAUAGCAAUAACAUUUCAAAGUUGAAUGUUAUAGAUCACAUUUAUGUCUAUUUUUUUUUAACUUAUUACAGACUUGGUUCUAUUUUUCACCUUCCUUUUUUGUUUCGCUAGUAUGCCAGUAUUUUGUCAGUGUAGUCAUUUAUGCAACUUUCCAGCUUGUCUGUUAGAGCCAGUGUAAGAUGAGAUCAGCUCUACAGUGCCUUUACAGUUACAUCUGAUGAAACCAUAAAGAUCAGCUGAUAAGCAUGUGUAUUUCAAUGUGUGUUUAACAGUGUAUUUGUACUUUAACCAGAGACCUUAAAACUCCAGCUAUUGGUUGUAUUUGACACACUAUUUUCUUAAUGAGUUGUUCAAUAUCCUUAUCUUAAAAUACACUGUUCUGGAUAUCUACGUAGCAAAGAUCAGCAUUAUAUCAAAUACGUUUUUCUUCCUUUGUUCUCUUGCCUGCUUAAUGUAUUGAAAAAAUGUAAGUGUAAUAUAUAGUUUUCUGUACCAAAAUUAUUAUUUUCAACAAUAAAGUACAUGUUGCAAGUCUUUGAUUAAAAUGACCCCCAGAACUGUCAUUGGAUAUUACCCAUCCUUAUGUCUUCGUGCAAAAUUAUGCGUGGUUAAAAUAAUUAUCCCAAUA